CAUUUUUUCAGAACAAAAAAUUUAUAAGAAAAAAUGAGCCGAAAAGAUGGAGCAUUGGAUAAAAAUGUGCUGAUUAAACAAUGAAUAAAUAUUUAUUAAAGAAAAACUGUGAGAAGAAAUUGACGCAAGAGGGGAGCCACGUAAGGGGGCAAAAACUUUUUACAGCUAAACAUGGAACCAGUUAAACUUGGAAAAGAAGAAACUUUGGACGAAAAUAUUACAGCAGAAGAUGUGCUGAUUAAAAAAGAGAUCGAUUUGGAAGAAAUAUUUAUUAAAGAAGAAAUAUUAGAAGAAAGUGAUAAGUUAGAAGUUAAAAAUGCUUCAAAAGCUCAACGAGACAAACCACAUUCCUGUGAUUUUUGUGACAAAACAUUUAAAUGUCGAAGUGAUUUAGCUGGACAUCAACGAAUCCAUACUGGUGAAAGACCUUUCUCAUGUGCAGAUUGUGAUAAAACAUUUACGCUAGCGAGUAGUUUAAAAAGACAUCAAAUAAUUCAUAGAGAAGAAAGUGUAUUUUCAUGUGAAGUUUGUGAUAAAACAUUUAAUCAAAAAUUUUAUUUAGCUCAACACAAACGAAUUCAUACUGGAGACAAACCAUUUUCCUGUGAAGUUUGUGAUAAAAAAUGUCAAAAUCGAAGUGAUUUAGCUGGACAUCAACGAAUCCAUACCGGAGAAAAACCUUUCUCAUGUGAUAUUUGUGGUAAAAAAUUUACUGUGGCAAAUAGUUUGAAUAUACACAAAAGAAUUCACACCGAGGAAAGAUCAUUUUCAUGUGAAUUUUGUGGUAAAAAGUUUGGUCUGCGAAGUGUUUUAACUAUCCACAAACGAACUCAUACUGGUGAAAAACCAUUUUCAUGUGAAGUUUGUGAUAAAAAAUUUACACAACGAAGCGCGUUAAAAACACAUAAAUUUACUCAUACUGGAGAAAAACCAUUUUCCUGUGAAGUUUGUGGUAAAAAUUUUAAUCAACAAACUCAUUUAAGUAAGCAUAAAAUAAUGCAUAUUGGUGAAAAACUAUUUUCAUGUGAAAUAUGUGAUCGAAAAUUUAGUUAUAAAAGUAGUUUGAAUAUACACAAAAGAAUUCACACCGAGGAAAGGGCAUUUUCAUGUGAAUUUUGUGGUAAAAAGUUUGGUCAGCAAAGUGUUUUAACUAUCCACAAACGAACUCAUACGGGAGAAAAACCAUUUUCAUGUGAAGUUUGUGAUAAAAAAUUUUCUCAAUAUAGCACGUUAAAAACCCAUCAAGUAAGUCAUACAGGAAAGAAAACCUUUUCUUGUGACGUUUGUGAUAAAAAGUUUAGUCUGCGAGGUAUUUUAAAUAUUCACAAACGAACUCAUACGGGAGAAAAACCAUUUUCAUGUGACGUUUGUGGUAAAACAUUUUCUCAAAAUAGUUCGUUAAAAACACAUAAAGCAACUCAUGUUGGGAAAAAAAUAUUUUCAUGUGAAUUUUGUCGUAAAAAAUUUAGUCAUAAAAGUAGUUUGAAUAUGCAUCAAAUAAUUCAUACGGGGAAAAAACGUUUUCCAUGUGAAAUUUGUGGUAUAAAAUUUAGUCACAAAACUUCUUUAUCUCGUCAUAAAAAAACUCAUUCAUUUAACCAGCAAACUGAUUUAAAUUUAACCGAUGAAGUAUUCGAAGAGGAAAAUGGUUUAAUUAAAGAAGAAUUUGAUGAUGGAAAACUUGAAAAUUACUAUGAAUUUGAAGAAAAAUUCACCAAAAAUGAAAAUAUGGAAGAAGAAAAUAUUCACAUUAAAGAAGAAAUAAAUAUGGAACAAGUUGUGAUUAAAGAGGAACCUUUUGAAGAAAACGAUACAAUGGAAGAUAAAUUAAUUACAGCUAAGGAUGAAAUCGAUCAAUUAAAAGAUGAUAUUGUUUAAGAAUCUCAACAAAACA